GAGAUCUCGUUUGGCACUACCAAAGACAAAAUGCUGGUCACUGAGAAGUGUAAGAACUCUAGAGCUGUGACCAUUUUCAUCAGAGGAGGAAACAAGAUGAUCAUUGAAGAAGCAAAACGAUCUCUCCACGAUGCCCUGUGUGUCAUCCGGAAUCUCAUCCGGGACAACCGUGUUGUGUACGGAGGAGGGGCAGCCGAAAUAGCCUGCGCUCUGGCAGUCAGCCAAGCAUCAGACAAGUGUCCAACUCUGGAACAGUAUGCCAUGAGAGCUUUUGCAGACGCCUUGGAAGUCAUCCCCACGGCCCUUGCAGAAAACAGUGGCAUGAAUCCCAUCCAGACCAUGACUGAAGUUCGAGCCAAGCAAGUGAAGGAGUCCAACCCUGCCCUAGGGAUCGACUGUUUGCACAAGGGCUCCAACGAUAUGCAGUAUCAGCAUGUCAUAGAAACCUUGAUUGGCAAAAAGCAGCAGAUCUCUCUUGCUACACAGAUGGUUAGAAUGAUUCUGAAGAUUGAUGACAUCCGUAAGCCUGGGGAAUCUGAGGAGUAAACUGUCCAUCCGCUACUGUGACUAA